AUGUCCGGUCUCAGCGAGAAGGUCGCCAUCGUCACUGGCGGUGUCUCUGGUAUUGGUGCAGAGUUGACUCGAAAAUUGAUCCGCGAAGGAUGGAGAGUCGCGGCCCUUGACAUUGCCUCUCAGGGCCACCUUGCUCAAAACCUGCUCGAUGAACUCGGGGAGAACUUUAUGUUCUGUCAAUGCGAUAUCAGCCACUACAACGAGCAGGCGAGCGCAUUUUCAGCAGUGUUUCGGAAAUGUGGUCGAAUUGAUGCUCUGUGUGCGAAUGCCGGCAUCAUCGACAGGAGCUCGAUUUAUAUUCUCAAGUGGCGAGGCAAGACCGAAAUACCCCCGGAGCCAGACCUCUCAUGUACGGACGUCUGCAUGAAGGCGACAAUUUACGGCGUGCAACUUGCCAUACACUUUAUUCGACAGAAUCCGACCCCGGGAGGUAGCAUCGUUGCAACGUCCAGUAUGGUGGCAGUCCACCCAGUGGCAUCGUUUCCUGAGUAUUCUGGAGCCAAAGCUGGAGUAAGCCUGAGGUGCAGAGUGAUAAUACUAACCUCUAAGCAGAAAGAAAACAUUACUAUCAACACUGUCUGUCCCGGUGUGGUGCCAACUCAAUUCAUCAGCCAACAUAUGCGGGAUACCUUUGGUGAAGACUCUUUGACACCGGCCUCGACCAUUGUUGGCGCGUAUUGGAAAUGCUUGAACGACCGAUCUCUGAAUGGGGAGUUUAUCGAAUGUUCUCGCGACCAGCAUUUCAUCUUGAAAAGGCCCGAGUAUGCGGAUGGAGAGGUAUCCAAGCGAACCACCACCGUCUACGAUCCGUAUUUUGUGACAAUCCACGGCGAGCCUUCUGGACUUCCAGAUAUUGUGAGAAAACGGGCUUAG